AAUGUGUUGCUAAACUCAUCGGGCGAGAGGUUUUUGGUCUUCUGUCCGAAGAAGGAGACCCCUCUCUCUCUCUCUCUCUCUCUCUCUCUCUCUCAAAGCUCUCAACCAAGAAUCACCCAUGGAACACCCACUCCCAACCCAACCUUAACAAAAUCCCCAACUCCAAACCCCAUGGACUCGCCCAACUCCUCCUCCAUGCGCGUCCUCACCCGUCCUCCAAAUCCCAACCCCACUCUCACUCCUCCAAUCCCACCACACCCCCCGCCCACCCGAACAGAUCACCCCUCCCCGUCGUCCCCCCCGAACGGCGUCGUCGUUGUCGGCUUCAUCGGCCGCCGCUCCACCGACGUGACCCAGCUCAUCAACCGAGUCGUCGACGCCAACGUGUUCGGGUCGGGUAAUUUGGACAAGGAUCUAUUAGGGUUUCCGAAAGGGGACGGCUGGUUUGACUGUCGUAGAAUUAGCUAUUAUGAUGAUGACGAAAAAGGGGUUCUUUACUUGCAAUUCUCUUCCACUGUUUGUCCGGCCACGGAAGGGUUUUUCGACUCCUCUUGUUGUUCUUCUGGUUUCGAUUCGGUGUCGGAGGAGCGUGAGUUCGGGGAUCUCCAAGGACUGCUUUUCAUGUUCUCUGUUUGCCAUGUAAUCAUAUUUAUCCAGGAGGGGUCACACUUUGAUACCCAGAUCUUGAAGAGAUUUCGUAUUCUACAAUCUGCCAAGCAUGCAAUGUCCCCACUUGUCAAAUCUCAAACUACGCCACCUUCAACAUCUAGUUCUCAUUCUUCAUCAUCACGAUCCUCUGUAUCAGGAGUAUCUUUUAACAAUCGGUCUCCCGGUAGAAGUGGUGUCAUCUUAAGUCGCAAUGCUUCAGCAAUUUCAAUUAGGUCGGGUUUAGGUUCAUACGCUUCACUGUUUCCUGGACAGUGUACUCCGGUUAUACUUUUUGUUUUUCUUGAUGAUUUCUCAGACUUUAAUACUGGUACUAGUAAUGUAGAGGAGAUAAUUGACACGUCCUCAUUGAACCAGUCUUCAAGUUUGAGCAAUUUAGCUAGGACAAGCUUGCCUCCAAAAGGAUCGGCGCCAGUUGUUAUGCUAGCACGCCCUGUGAGUAAAUCUGAAGGUGGAUUGAAGAAGAAAUUGCAGUCAUCCCUUGAGGCACAGAUCCGUUUUUCAAUUAAGAAAUGCCGGACGCUUGCGGGAUCUGAAACUAGUCAUGCUGGUUCAAGAAGUGGGGCCAUCUCAAAUUCAGCACCUUUAUUUUCGCUCGAUGCAUCCAAAGCAGUUGCAUUGUUGGAUAUAUAUUCAAACCAGAGUGGCAAAUCUCUUGAUUUUGCCACUGGCCUUGUGGAAGACGUUUUGAAUGGAAAGGCAACCUCAGAUUCCCUUUUGCUUGAAACCUAUAGUCAGAGUGCAACCCAAGAGGACACUGUAUCUGUGAAAGAGUUCAUUUACAGACAGGCUGAUAUUUUAAGAGGAAGAGGGGGAAUGGUAACUAACGCCAACAGUGGCUCAGCAGCUGGCGUUGGUAUGGUGGCUGUUGCUGCAGCCGCCGCCGCCGCAUCAGCUGCAUCUGGAAAAUCUUUUACUGCUCCUGAACUUCCUAGUGUUGACAUCUGGUUGUCUUCUAGUUUAGUUAUUUUACAGGGUAUUCUCUCUGCAGAAAGUGGGUGUAUAAUUGAAUCUGAAAGCAGUAAAAUAAACCUGGGUCAGAAAAACACUGCACCUGCAGUUGAAGGAGUUGUUUCAAGAGUUACAGAUAAUCCUCUACAAAGUGCAGUAUCUUGCUUGGAGAGUGGUAAAGGACUUAACACAAAGUUUUCAACUUUGUGGUGCCAAAGAGCUCUUCCCACUGCUAAGGAAGUUUAUUUAUCUGAUUUGCCUGCUUGUUACCCAACUUCAAAGCAUGAAGAGCAGUUGGAGAAGGCUUUGCGUGCUUUCUGCUCAAUGGUCAAGGGACCCGCAGUGCCACUUUACAUGAAACAGUUGGAGAAUGAAUGCACAUCUAUUUGGAGCUCUGGAAGGCAACUGUGUGAUGCAGUCAGUUUGACCGGAAAACCAUGUAUGCAUCAGAGGCAUGAUGUUGAGACUAAUGGCUUGGUUUCAAGAGAUGGGGUGACACGACAUUCAAGCGGAUAUGUUUUCCUUAAAGCUUGUGCUUGUGGCCGUUCACGGCUACUGCAAUCUGAUCCUUUUGAUUUUGAAACUGCUAACGUUACUUCCAGUGAUUUUGCAGAUUGUGACAAAAUUCUUCCUUCAAUCCAAUUACCGCAGGUAAAGAAUGUAGGACCCAUUCAGCCGCCGUCAUGGAGUUUGAUUCGAGUUGGUGGUGCGAAGUACUACGACCCUGCUAAGGGGUUACUUCAGAGUGGGUUCUGUGCCACUCAGAAAUUUCUUUUGAAGUGGAAAAUAUUUCUGGAGAAACCGAAAAAUCAGCAUGUUUCGUUAUCCAGUGCUGUAACACAAGAUUCUGUGGUUAGGUUGAGUACAGAACCCUUGAAUGGAUCUAUUAGCGGAGGAGACAUAAAGAACUCUGAUGCUUCUCUAAUUAACGCGGAAGAAUUGCAGAGUGGAAAUAAAAUACAAAGGGAGCAUUUGUAUGAAAACAACCAAACUGAUGAAAAGAAGCUCAGCUUUGGUAGAGGCAUCCCUAGUUUUACAAUGCGAAAACCGUUUUCUGAGGUUGUUGCUGGAUCAGCAGCCGCUGUUUCAGGAUUCCCUCCUUUACAGUCAAGGAAACAACUUUCUGUUGGUCCUGAAAAUAGUGCGAAGCAAAGUUCUACAAGAGAUAGGGUUGCUGAGAGGGUUCAUCAUACUGCUGAUUAUAAAGGAUCUCAACAAUCCAAAGGUAUCUCUCCUAUUCAGGACACUGGAAAUGGAAGUAAAUUUGGUGUCAACGGGUAUGGAGAGGGUAAUCCAAUUUUACAGAUAGGUAGCAAUGUUGUUCCAGUCAACAUGAGUAGUGGUGAAAAGAUUGGAUUAAGUGAGUCGUUGAAAAAUGUAAUCGUGUAUGUCGGAUUUGAGCAUGAGUGUCCUCGUGGCCACCGGUUCAUAUUGACCACUGAGCAUCUCAAAGAACUUGGCUCCCCAUAUUCAUUAUCUGAAGAAUCUCAUAUCCCCUCAUCCGUUGAAAACUCAGACAAUAAAAGGCCAGAUCCCUCGAAAUUGGGGAGGAAUGGUACCCAUGGUAGAGCUCAUCGCAACUCAAAUAGGAUGAACAAUAGUGCUGUUCGAAAGGUGAGAAAUCUGGAUAAGACCAAAGAUAUGGCAGUUGAUGGUGAAUUGGAUGGAAAACAACAGACCCAGAGCUUUAUUGGCAUGCCAACACUUACUGAAUCAGUCAAAGAUGGCCUUCAUUCUGUUAGCCUUGAUGACGGUGCUUUCUCCUUACUUAAUAGAAAUUUACCAAUUUUCAUGGACUGUCCACACUGCAGGUCCUCUAAGAAUAAGAAGGAUACCGCUAAGAUUAAAUUUGCUGGAACAAUGUCGCAGCUGCAGAGGAUCUUUUUGGUCACACCUUCUUUUCCAGUCGUUUUAGCUACAUGCCCAGUUAUACAAUUUGAGGAAUCAUGCCUACCUCCUUCUGUUCCAGACCGUGAACAAAAGUUGCAGUUCACCUUUGGAUGCCGUGUGAUUUUACCUCCAGAGAGUUUCCUUUCCCUUAGACUCCCUUUUGUCUAUGGUGUGCAACUGGAGGAUGGAAGCUGGCAAUCUCUUAGACCUUUUGAAUACCAACCAGAAGUGACUGCCUGGAUUGCUAAAGGUACCACAUUGCAGGUCAUUUCCAAGGGAAGCACUAUGUUCGAUGGAUCAUCGGAAAAUUAGAACUGAGGAAACUUAAAAAUUUAGAAUCUGGAUUUGCGUCUGUUACAAGCUCGGGGGCAUAUUUUAUGAAGAGCCAUCUAGUCUCAGGAUAAGUAUUUUCAUUUGUUGACCUUGUGGUCCAGUUGGGGAUUUGUGAGCUGACGUCAGAUGUGAAGAGAAUUUAUCAGAUUUGAAGAGACUUAGACAAUGUUCAGCCUCACCAGUUAUCAAUAGGACCUCUAGAUGGCUCGUGCAGUCGUGCCUGAGUUGUAGAACGCCAUGGCAUCAAGGUAUGCAUUGUUUUUCUCAUGCCCUGGCACUCAGUUCUGUAUUCAGUCAACUGGAUGAAGGUCUGCAUAAUUGACUUGUACGGAAAAACCAGACGACAGAAAGUUGUGGAUUGGUGAUUUCUCCUAGAAAACAUGAAGAUAAGGGGGUACACAUAAACAAUCAGAAUGGUUAAUAUCACAAUGGCGGAUGAUAUUUAGGCUGUGUUUGGAUCAUGGAUUUGUGGAGGAUUAUAUGAAGGCAAAGAAAGAAGUGAAGGAAAGGAUAAGAAGAUAGUGAAGUGAGGAAGCUCUUUUCAUUUCUUUGGUUUCUCCUCCAUUUGUCUGUGUUUGUAUAUCCCUCCAAACACAGCCGAUGUUGACUAUUAACAUGGUACGCUAGAGGUUAAGAUUUACUGAAGCCUUCGCUUUUUUCAAACUAAGUACAGUAUUGAUGUGAAUGGAAGUUAAAAAUGUAAAAUUGGUGGAGCACAUUAUGGACAAUUAGGUCGCACUGAUUCGGAGAUUUCAAAUGCAGGUGAGCCCAUUCAAACAAGAAUCGAUCUGAAACAUCCAUAUGACUUUGAUUUCCCAGAAUCUGGGCUGUUGCUCUAGUCGAAGAGGCCAUGAAAAUGUUUUCAUCAGAGGCAUCCUCACAACUAUUUGAUCUGUCGCAACAUGCGGGAAUAUUCAUUUGUCAAAGCCAGGACAUAGACUACAUGCAGAAUGCAAACAGCCCAACGAAAGCGAAUGUUGGCUUGAGAACAUCCACAGAUGUAUUUCUGAGACUAAAGGGCAAAUGCAACUGUUUCAGGCUCGUUUCCUGGCACCAUGUUGUUCUUGAUGUCUUCUUGUCUGUUUUCUUUGUUUCUUAUGUGCUGUAGAUCCUUCUUUCUGGUCCCUAUGCCUUUUUUGUUCUUUGUAUUCUAUUUUCUUGAUCAUCUAGUGUAAUCGUUUUUUUCUCUUUUGUGUCGUGGAUCCUUCUUUCUGGUCCCCUUUUUUUCUUUUUCUUUCUUUUCUUGAUCUUCUGGUGUUAUCGACAUGGUACACCAUAAGUUCACUUCUUGAUCAACUCACAAACUAUUUUUCGAUGUAGUCAAACUUGUUUUAGCGGUUUCCAACUGUAUGCUUGUGCAAAGUUCAAUCCUCAAAAUCGUCAGACCUUUACACCUUA